AUGGGUGAUUGCAAACCUCACAAACCUCAGACAAGUAAUAAUAAUAUUUCUGGGCACAUUCCAAAAGAAAUAGGUUACCUCAAAAACCUUCAGACUUUGGAUCUCUCUAACAACAAGUUUUCUGGACAUAUCCCAGACUCCCUGAGUUUCUUGAAUCAUCUACAGUAUUUGAGGUUGAACAACAAUAACUUGACUGGAGCUGUACCCCUUUCUUUAGUCAGUCUCUCUCAUCUUACUUUCUUCAUUUUGGGUAAUCCUCUGAUUUGUGGAAACCACUCUAGCAACAAAUGCUCCGACUUAGUCCUGGCUACUCCUCUUUCGCUUGCUGUAAAUCCAUCUUCAAGAAAAGCCAAGACCAAGAAAUUAGCGAUCGCGCUUUGUGUGAGCCUUACGCUCGUCACUAUUUUAGUCUUAGGUUUAGGAUUUACCGUUCGCACAAGAAACAAGUGUAGAAAGCAGUCCAUUUUGAAUAUCACUGGUACAAAAACGAUUUACUACUUCAUUACAUUAACCCUCCAGCUUUUUCACCUUACACACCUCAUCACAUCACAUUUUUUUUUUUCUCAUUAUCUUUCUGCUGCAGAUGUUCAAGAAGAGGAUCUUAUAAAACUAGGAAACCUCAAAAUCUUCACGUUGAAAGAGAUACAGCGCGCGACUGACAAUUUUGACCCCAGGAACAUACUUGGGGUCGGGGGAUUCGGCAAUGUGUAUAGGGGCAAACUGGGAAAUGGGACUCUUGUGGCUGUCAAGCGGCUAAAGGACUUAAACGGGUCCACGGGGAUAUCUCAGUUCAGGAUGGAGCUGGCGAUGAUAAGCCUUGCUGUUCACCGUAAUUUGCUCCGCAUUAUUGGUUACUGUGUGACCCCAAACGAGAGGCUUCUCGUGUAUCCUUACAUGUCCAAUGGGAGUGUUGCAUCAAGGCUUAGGGGGAAGCUGGCUCUUGACUGGAACACGAGAAAGAGAGUGGCACUUGGGGCAGCAAGGGGCUUACUCUACCUUCACGAGCAAUGUGACCCGAAAAUAAUUCAUAGAGACGUGAAGGCCGCCAAUAUACUCUUGGAUGACUUUUAUGAGGCCAUUGUGGGUGACUUUGGGCUUGCCAAAUUACUCGACCACAAAGAAUCACACGUCACGACAGCUGUCCGGGGCACCGUGGGCCACAUUGCUCCCGAAUACCUCUCGACAGGUCAGUCGUCCGAGAAAACUGACGUGUUCGGGUUUGGAAUCCUCCUUCUUGAGCUCGUCACUGGAAUGCAGACCCUUGAGUUCGGGAAGUCGGUUAACAAAAAAGGAGCCAUGCUCGAGUGGGUCAAGAAGAUACAGCAAGAGCAGAAAAUCGAGCUGCUUGUUGACCCGCAGCUUGGGGUCAACUACGACAAAAUCGAAGUAGGGGAAAUGGUGCAAGUAGCUUUAUUAUGUACUCAAUACCUACCAGCCAACCGGCCCAAAAUGUCGGAUGUGGUUCGGAUGCUCGAGGGGGAUGGGCUUGCUGAGAAAUGGGCCAUGGCCCAUAACUACAUUCACGUGGCCUCUGGCUUCUCGCGCAACAAUAGCGACUCACAUUCAGAAUUUGCUGUUGGCAUUGGUCUUGAUCGGUCGAGCAUGUUUGGGAUGACGAUGACUACAGAUGACGACGACGAUGAUGCACAUUGCAUGGAGCUUUCUGGUCCAAGAUAA